GUUUCAGUCGGUCGGCACACACCGGACAGGAAGCGUCUCGGAGACAGUCCGCGACCGGACAGCUCUAGGUGAGGUAGAAGGCAAAUAAGAGGAAGUAGAGGGGCUGAGCUGUUGAAAUACUUCAACCAUGACAAAAAGAGAAGCGGAAGAGCUAAUCGAAAUUGAGAUUGAUGGAACAGAGAAGACAGAGUGCACAGAAGAAAGCAUUGUAGAACAAACCUACACCCCAGCUGAAUGUGUAAGCCAGGCCAUAGACAUCAAUGAGCCAAUAGGCAAUUUAAAGAAACUACUAGAACCAAGACUACAGUGUUCUUUGGAUGCUCAUGAAAUCUGCCUACAAGAUAUCCAGCUGGAUCCAGAACGAAGUUUAUUUGACCAAGGAGUAAAGACAGAUGGAACUGUACAGCUUAGUGUACAGAUAAUUUCUUACCAAGGAAUUGAACCAAAGCUCAACAUCCUUGAAAUUGUUAAACCUGCGGAAACAGUCGAAGUAGUUAUUGAUCCAGAUGCUCACCAUGCUGAAGCAGAAGCACAUCUUGUUGAGGAAGCUCAAGUGAUAACUCUCGAUGGCACAAAACACAUUACAACCAUUUCAGAUGAAACCUCAGAACAAGUGACGAGGUGGGCUGCCGCGCUGGAAGGUUACAGGAAAGAGCAGGAGCGCCUUGGGAUACCCUAUGAUCCUAUACAGUGGUCUACGGACCAGGUCUUGCACUGGGUAGUUUGGGUAAUGAAGGAAUUCAGCAUGACGGAUAUAGACCUCAGCACACUCAACAUUUCAGGACGAGAAUUAUGUAGUCUCAAUCAAGAAGAUUUUUUUCAGCGAGUCCCUCGGGGAGAAAUUCUUUGGAGUCAUCUGGAGCUUCUUCGAAAAUAUGUAUUGGCAAGCCAAGAACAACAGAUGAAUGAGAUAGUUACAAUUGAUCAACCUGUCCAAAUUAUUCCAGCGUCAGUUCAGUCUGCUACACCAACUACAAUCAAAGGUAUAAACAGUAGUGCAAAGGCAGCCAAAGUACAAAGAGCUCCCAGGAUUUCAGGAGAAGAUAGAAGCUCACCUGGGAACAGAACAGGAAACAAUGGCCAAAUUCAACUGUGGCAGUUUCUGCUCGAACUUCUUACUGACAAGGAUGCUCGAGACUGCAUUUCUUGGGUUGGUGAUGAAGGCGAGUUUAAGCUCAAUCAGCCUGAACUGGUUGCACAAAAAUGGGGACAACGGAAAAAUAAACCUACAAUGAACUAUGAGAAACUCAGUCGUGCAUUAAGAUAUUACUAUGAUGGGGACAUGAUUUGUAAAGUUCAAGGCAAGAGAUUUGUAUACAAGUUUGUCUGUGACUUGAAGACUCUUAUUGGAUACAGUGCGGCGGAGUUGAACCGGUUGGUCACAGAAUGUGAACAGAAGAAACUUGCGAAGAUGCAGCUGCAUGGAAUUGCCCAGCCGGUCACAGCAGUAGCCCUGGCUACGGCUUCUCUGCAGACGGAAAAGGAUAACUGAGCCUAGGACCUUCUGGGGUCUCGAGAUCUUUCUUAAAUACUAGAGCAAGUAUUGAUUGCUCUUACCUUUAUUACUGAAUUUGAAUCUUUUAUUUCUAGACUGUACAAUCUGAUGCAUGAUUUUUUUAUAAAUAUUUCAUACUCUUGUGAAUUUGGAUCUUUUUACUUUGAGCAUAUAUUUUAGAAUAUGUGUAUGUUAAAGGGUCACCACAAUGGCUUCAGUGUGAAGGCAGGUUCAUUGUGGAUAAUUUGUUAACAGUCAGGAAAGCUAAACUGGUCAGUAUUAAUGUCUAGCCCUACCAAAAAUUGCCAGUAGCAUCUGAGGAUGAAAAAUAAAUGAAGUUUCUCCAGGGAGCAAUCUGGCUUAACUAUUUUUGAGAAUAUAAUUGUUUCCCCCCUCUGCUGCUUUAGAUGUUGCUUUUCUUUACAUAGAACCUGAAUGUGGAGUUUUAACAGCUAACGCAUGUGUGCCUGUUUCACCUCGUCAAGCAGAGCUAAUACAGUCAUAUCAAAUAAAUAUAUAAUCAAAUGCUAAACUAACAGUAUUAGGCUAUUAAAGUAAUAUUUGCAAACUGAGGACAUAAAGCUGUUUCGACCGGCAGAAGAGCAGUGCUGAAGAGGGAGGCCCAGGCCGAAGUCUGGCUUCACUCGAGCCAGUUUGAGGAUUUCUGUGCAGAUUACUCAUAAUGUCAGGCCAAGAAUUUAAAUUAUUCUAAAAGAGGCAUUUAAUUCUAAUAAACCAACUAUUACAAAAAAUUUGAAAUGAUCUCUGUUUUUCCUGUCAGAGAUUUAAAAAAACUGAGAAGGUAUAACUCAGCCAAAAAGUUUGGCUUGUUUUGGUUUAGCUUCUCUCUCUCUCUCUUUUUUAAAAAUUACUCUUUAGUGCUGAUUAUUAUGCAAAGCAGUUUAUAUAGUCAUUGUGUUUCUGAUGAAAUGAAGACUUUAAAUCAGUCAGCAGUACUUUACCUUUCAAGAUAUUAGUAAGUUACUUGCAAAUAGUAAUAGUAAAAAGAAAAUUUUGACCUCCAGUACAGGCAGUCUUAAAACAAAAUUACCUGUUUAUUUAAUUUUUCCUUUUGAAUAUUUAUGUGUGUGAGUAUAUAAAUAUGUACAUGUCCAUUGCUUAUUUCCUAUAUAUGGGUACACACAUAUAGGAAGACAGUACUCAAAAGGAAACAUAUUUCAAAAGUUAAUAAUUCAUUUUUAUAAAUCUUAAAAUGUUAAAUAAUUCAUAUAUAUGAAACUCUUUACUUACCACAAGCUAACACUAACAGAAGUGGCUAGAAAUAUCUUUCUUUUUUGCUUGCUUGCUUGCUUGCUCACUUUUCUUGCUUUGGUUUUUUUAUUAUUGUUGUUUUAAGGUAUGUAUAAAUCCUGAUAUGAGAUACUGGCACAUAACUUCUAAUCCUCUUGUAGCAGAAGAUUGAUUCUCAAAUAUUCCUUUAUGCACCUUCUCCCUCAUCAUUUACUUUAAAUUCAUCCCUCUAAAUAGCUUUAUAAGAGAGUUAAAGCUUUUGACUAGCUAGGAGGAGAUAGCCACGGUAAUACAGGCAAGGUCAACAAUACUGAGUAGUGGUUUGAAAUGAACUACAAGAUGCAGGGCUCUUAGGAACAGGAGAGGAGGGAUCUAUGAUCUCCUUGUCUGAUAACCUCAAAUAACUGUAAGUGCUGUGCUAUAGGACUAUAAGUGUAAUGUUGGUUCAUUUGUAUAAUUGUAUUAAGUCCUUUAAGACCCUGCAGUAGGUAGCUAAAAAAGAAUAAAAUUUAUAACUUCUCAUUUUUAUAUUUUUAUAAACACAUACCGAAUAGACUGACAAUUAUUAGGUGCAGUGAUUGCAAGAAUACCUGAGUAACUAGCACUAUGAAAUACUACACAGAAUCUCUAGGUUCAGAUAACAAAUAGCUAAAAAGAAGAUUUUGCACCAUCCAUUUAUGGCCUGGGGAGUUGGCAAGUCACUUAUUGUUUUAAAAAAUAAUAAAGUAUACUAUUCUGGUAUAUUAUCAAGAGCUUAAAAUACUUGACAUUUAAAAUACUUUUUCAGUGACAUUAUGUUAAAAUUUUAGCCAGAAUGGCAGAUUUUCUUUAUAGGUAUAUAUAUAUAUGUGUGUGUGUGUGUAUAUAUAUAUAUAUAUAUAUAUAUUUUUUUUUAAGGCAAGGAACACCUACAUUUAUUUUAGAUUCCUAAAAUCAAAUUAAUUUUUUCCCUUUAAGCAUUCCUCAGCUGCUUUAAACACACACAUACACACACACUCAUUCUGUCCCUUUUCUUUCCUAAUUUGAACAGAGACAGUUCUCACAUGUAUGUGAUAGGGUGUUCUUCUUCUUUGCCUCUCUUUAUCAUUUUAUGCACCAUAACAUAGGUAAAGUAAUGAAACUAAUUUCCCCAAUUGAUUCAAAAACUUCUGUUACUUUGUCUCAGCUUACAUAAACUAUUUUCAUUGUCCUUAUUGAAGUUCAGUUAUCAGAAAAUCAGGUAGUCUUUUUCCCUUAUUAAAAGAUCAUGAAAAAAUAUAUAAUUCACACUAUUCAUUCUUUGUUAUGUUUUUAUGAAUGAAUUUUCCAUAGGAGAAUUUACAGUGUAUUCAAAGGACAAAAGAUAAAAUUCUUGGUCAUCUCUUGUACCUUAUAAGUACAAGAAUAAUGAAGUGUUCACUUUUGUUUUAAAACUUAUUUUCCACGUAAGGUUCUCAUUGAGCCACUUUCUUGGGCAUCUAGCUAGCUUAGGGUUUGGAAGUUUGUGUUGGCACCAGAAAAUCAAAUUAGGCAGAAUUGCUAUGUGUGGUUGGUCUUCACAUGAAUCAACUUACCACAUUCAUUUUUGUGUCAAUCUGCGUCAGUUAAUUAGGAAAAACUUGUUUUUCUCCUCUGAUUAAUGGUGAAACUCAAGUAUAUUUCUUUAAAGGAUUGUACCUACAAAUAUUUUUUGCAAGGUUUGCUCUUUUACAUAUUCAUCAUUUUAUGCUACUGCCUUUUAAAAGGAACUAGUGCAUCUUUGAAAUAGCACAAAAAUAUUUUUAAAUUCAUAAUUGCAAAACAGCCUGUGACUAACUUACUGUCUUCAUAUCUACAGGGUGUAAAAAUAUUGAUAUUCAGUGAUAUUUCACUCGCUGCCAGAAAAAAAAUUCUCAAUUUUUUGUAAAAGGGAGGAGGAUUUUUGCAUACAUUUUUACUCUUUAAAUAAAGACACUUAUACUGUCAUAAUAACAAUUAUGUAUUUCUUUGUGGUUUUUAUUUUUUUUGUAAUUUUACAUAAAACAGUUAUUUUCUAUUUUUACUCAGAUAAAAAUAUUUGUGCAUAAAAUGUAAAAAUAGUAAAA